AUGGUGGACGAAAUGUUUAACUUUCACAGAGUGCUAUAAACGUAGUGGCUCUUGAUUCGAUCCCUUAAUCUGAGUAUAGCUGAAGUUUGAGAACAAUUAAAUAUGAAAUGGAUCUCUUCAGAGUGGAGAGAUUUAUGGGAGAUGACGGAAAUGAACCAGAUCAAAGGGACGAAUCAAGAAGACUUGCCCAGCUGCAACGUGAUAUCGCCGAAAGGAAGAGAAAAAGACAAAUGUUAGAGCAGGAUGGAGAGAGCUAUGAAAGAUCAAACAAAAUUAAAUUUCCGGACUCUAAUCAAAUGAAAUCUGAUGUCCAAGAAGAGGUGAAAUCAGGGAAGAAAGCCAAGAAAAAGAAACAAAAAACUGCGGAAGAGAAUUUGGAUAAGAUAAAAGACAAAUCGACGUCUAAGAAUGUCUCAAAAGAGGAGAACGAUGAGGUUAAAAAUGAUAUUCCCAUCGAUGAUUCACAGGAGGAAAGACUUGUUGAAGAGAAUUCUGAUAAGAUAAAGUACAAAAAGAUACCAAAGAAAGGCUUAAAAAAAGAGAGGAAAGAUGAAAUUCAGAAUGAUAAUCCCAACGAUGAUUCACAGAAGGACAGACUCUCUAAAAAUGCCAAAACGAAGGCAGAAAAAAAGGACAACAAAAAGACUCUUUUGAACAAUGAAAUUAAGGAAAGAGACUUUGAACAAGAGGAUAUUUCUCAAGAAAAUGAGGACAAUGUAGGAGAAAUGUCGGGAGAAACACCACAAGAAAAAAGUGAAGAAACAGGGUUUACUGUGAUUGGAGGCCAGAGGAAAAACAAAGUGCUUAAAAAAGUACAGAGAGUGUUGCCUGAUUGGCUUGCAAAACCUACGAUUAUUAACUCUGACUUGAGUGGUAAUAUGACUCCUGUUGACAAGAUCCCUUACUUAGAAUCUCAUAUAGUCACAAAACUACAACACCAUGAUAUAAAUCACUUAUUCCCUGUGCAGAGCAUUGUCAUCCCAGCAGUACUAUCUCAAACGGAUACAAACAGCUUAUUGGGCAGAGGGGGCUAUGCACCAGGUGAUAUCUGUGUCUCGGCCCCAACAGGAAGUGGCAAGACCCUUGCCUAUGUGUUACCAAUUGUACAAAUCCUAAUGAAAAGGGUGGUUUGUCACUUGCGGGCAUUGAUCAUCCUCCCUACAAAAGAUCUGGCAAAUCAAGUUAAACAAGUUUUUGAAAUGUUCACAGAGGGUACAAAUUUGAGGGUGGGUCUAGCUUCAGGAUCAAGUUCAUUCUCAAAAAAUCAGGAACAGCUUGUUAACCAAGGGUAAGUAUUUUGUGUUACUUUAACAAAAUAUGUUUUUACUCAUGACACACAUCAGCUUUGUGGCUGAUGCUAAAGGAGGUUGAUGUUUCCUUGAUGAAAGCACUAUCACUUUUGUCCAUAUAAACUGGGUGCAUCUCCAUUAGUUACUGAGUUCCAUGCAACACACGGGAAUUACUCUAUUCAUUAUAGGAUUUUUUAUCUGCUGUAUAUACUGUAUCCAUAGGAGAUGCGUUGGCUUAAUGGUUAGUACAUGUGAGUUGGAUUCCAGGUCAAGAAGAUUAGGUUUGAGUCCUGGCCAGGUUGCUUUGUUGUGUUCUUGGGCUAAAGACUUUUCUCUCACAGUGCCUCUCUUCACCCAGGAGUAUAAAUGGGUACUAACAAAUUGCCAGGGGAGCCUGAUGAAAUGCUGGGGGUAACAUUAUGAUGGAUUGAUAUCCCACCCAGGAGGGAGUAGUAGUACUUAUAGUCACUUCAUGCUAUGUAAACUGGGAUAAAUUACAGCUGGAUUGGCCACUUCACUUGAGUACAGAAUUUACCUAUAUACCUACCUACCUAUUCACUACAUCCAGACGUUCAAUAUGUGGAUAUUUGAGUUUGAUGUCUGGAAUCAAUCUGUAAAGAAAAGUUUCCAUUGUCUAGGAUUGUGCUCUUAAACUCUUUAACUUUGGGUAGUGACCAAGACAGAAUUUCUCCUUAAAAUAUCAGUACAAUAUCGAGGAGACAAGUGACAAGAAGAAAGAAAAAUAUCAAUAAGAGGGUAAUAGUUGAUCCAAUACCAAAAAUCUCUGAACUAACGUCAAAAAAACUGUGUGGCAGGCAGUGUGGAGAAUUACUAAUGAGAUCUUGAGAGUGAAAGGAAUAAAUUAAAAGGCAUGUCUAAUUUUUUGCUGCUCAUGACAGUGGUUUUGCUUUGUUUUCAGCUCUUGUGGCAGUAGCAGUUGCGUUGACAUUCUUGUGUGUACUCCUGGUAGAUUGGUUGAUCACAUUUCAUCAACCCCAAAUUUUACCCUUCAUCACGUAAGAUUCCUUGUGAUUGAUGAAGCUGAUCGGCUGUUGAGUCAAUCAUACCAUGGCUGGCUUGGCAAAGUAUUGAAAGCUGCCUACAACAAGCAAUCUUUCACAAGUGACUUUUUCAACAGUGACAGGUACCAGAUAACCCUUUGACUCCUAAGAAUAACUAGCAUCUAAUUUCUCCUUACAAUAUUACUCCUGAAUCAAACAUAAAGGUCAUGAGAAUUAAGGAAAUGAUCACCAACUAAAGAGGCUUUUGAUUGCUAAACAAAUUCUCCUAAUCGGCACCUAAGGAAAUGUAUAGAGAACAGUGUGGACAACAUGAAUACUGAUAUUAGUGUGUAAAGGGUUAACGAGCUGAAAGUUGGUUCAAGUAUUACAGGAAACUCUUAUUAUCUUGUGCCUGUAAAGAUUUGGGGGAAAUGCAUUGUAGGAGACUCUAUUUGAUGGGGACAAAUAUAUUUUGGGGGCUAAAGAUGAGGAAAAAGGGUGGGAUUUCACAGGAUUAAUUAUAGAAAGGUUCUUUUGAUCCUGCCAUCCCAACAAAAUUUUUUCCCUCAUUCCCCUCAUUCUGAUGUUUGUAAAGUUUAAACAACCUCAAUCUUUGGACAUCCUUGCAAUAAAAUUAAACUGACAACUCCUCUGUUUUCCAUUCAUAACUCUGUCAAGACCUUGUCAGAUCACUGGUUUUGCACGCAUGCAUCUGGAAUGUAUCAAAUAGUUUGUUUCCUUUUUAGGCCAUUGUCCUGUAACCUGCAGACAAUCAGGCAACCUGCUGGAGCUCAAACAGCAGCAAGUUUUGCCGCCAUUCAACUUCCUUUGCAAAAACUGUUGUUCUCUGCAACAAUGACACACAGUCCUGAAAAGCUUGCUCCUCUCCAGUUGUAUCAACCAACUUUGUUUACUGGGACAGGAAGUGUCAAUCAAAUGAAAACAACUGAUUUUGGUGGACCCACUUCAGGUACAUGUGGAAAGUCUUGAGCUGUUUGUUGCGUAGUAUUAAAAAAGGUGGAGUAGUUCCAGGAGAAGCAUGUCACAUGAAAUGUAUAAUUUUUAUCUUAACUGUUGUAGUUUUGAAAAAUCUGCAUUAACAUUUGCUGACCAUUAGGCCUCUACUUUGCCCACUUUUAGUUUUGAAGUUUUUGAAGAGAUCCCUUAAAAUUUUGGUUUGAUUGCAAAUGGUAACAGUAGCUAUUGAAAUAAUCAUUAACAUCAGAACAGGAGGUUUAACAUUUUAGCAAAGAAGCUUUGAAAUAUAAACAGCAUGUCUUUUGUUUGUAUUUUCUUAAGAUGUAGCAACAUCUGGUCGGUUCAGUGUGCCAGAAGGACUAUCAGAAUAUAUGACAGUUUGCAACAGUGGAGAGAAGCCACUGAUGGUGUUGUACUUCUUAACACAACUGAAGUUUGAGCGAGUUCUGUGUUUUGCAUCCACACUGGAGGCUACCCACAGGUACUGUGCGUUUACAUGCAGUUUCCAUGUAGUUUUGCCCAUAGCCAUAAAUGGUACUAAAAUUUUAACCUUUUGGUUGAAUAAAACCAAAUUCUCCUAACCACUGGUGAUUUCAAGAUGAUUUGGUGCAGCUACACAGAAUUUGAGAUUUUCUGGGUUCAUAUUUUUAAGUAUCAGUUCAUGUCUGACUGAACCCUGUACAUCCUAACAUCAGUGUCCAGAUUCUCAGUACUCCUCUCUAUACAUUUCCUUUAGUGCUGACAAGGAGAGUUUGUUUGACAAUCAAAGCAUUUUAGGUUAGCAUUCAUUUCCUUUGUUCUCAUGAUCUGAAUAUAUAAUUCACUGGUAUUCCUGUAAGGAGAAAUUAGAUGCUGAUCACUCUUUGGGUUGAAAGGGUCAAUCAUCUUUCUUCUUUUUGACUGAGUUCUCUACAGAUAUUCUUGCUUUGUAUCUGUCACAGGUUAUAUCUACUUGUGAAGUUGUAUGGUGGUGUUCAAGUGGCAGAGUAUUCUUCAAGCUUGUCACCUCCACAGAGGAAGGGAAUCUUACGAGACUUUAAGCUGGGAAAGCUACAGCUAUUGAUCUGUUCAGAUGCCAUGGCGAGGGGUAUGGACAUUCAGGAUGUGUGUUACGUCAUCAGUUAUGAUGUACCAAAUUACGUCAGAACAUACAUACACCGUGUGGGAAGGACAGCAAGGGCGGGAAACAAAGGUAACCUGGUCCCAGUCUCUUUCGCAGUUGCCACGCAGUGCUUAUCGUUACGUUACGACAAAGGAUAGCGAUGGUCGACAUAACCUUUCUUUUGGGUUUCGAUUUGAAUUUCAUGGUUUUAACUACUCCAAAAUUUGAUUUUAAAUUCUUUCACAUCACAAGAAAGUGUUUUAUGAAGGUCUCCUGUCUUUUUGUAUUUGAUCACAAUCAUUAAUUUGUGGUUCUAUUACUCCUUUUCAAGCAUUAAAGAUAAACCUCUCGGAUAAGGAAAUUAUGUUAAAAAAAGCGCCCCAUCUCUUUGAACUGCUCUUUCACCAAAGUUUCAUCGCAUGAUUAAAAUAUUUUAGGUAGUAACUUCAAAUCAGAAGAUAAAUGCUAAACAAAGUAAAUCAUACUGCGAAAGAAAAAUUUGUUUAAUUUUUCUUGUGACCUUAAGCUGUGAGUCAGCGAGUAAGCCUGUUAAUAUACCCGACCCAGUUUUCUCUGCUUUCCUCCAAACAUGUUAAGUGUGGAAUGUUUGUGAGGCAUACAUAAAGUGCUGAUAGACUCGUUAUUGCGACCUCUUUUUGGCUUUAUUAACGAAUUAACGAAUUGAAGAACCAAUCAAUUAAUCAUUUCACGACGUUAAAAUUUUUUAUGUUCGCUGAGCUAUAUUUCGUAAGGGAGACACUUUGUACCUCAAUUAUUUUUUCUUACUGAUUUAUUUCAUCCAUUUUUUGUGUCAGGAACUGCCAUCACACUUUUACACAGCGAAGAAGUACAUCAUUUUAAAGAAGUAAUUCAGAAAACAGGUCGCGAAAAGAUUGCCAAGUACAACAUCAAAGAAGACAAACUGCAGCCCAUGGCUGAGAAGUAUCAGGACAUUUUAGAACGCUUACAAGAAGCAGUUCAGAUGGAAAAUCAGAAGAAAAGGCAUCAAAAAGGGAAACAGGACAUAGUAAAAUUAUUGCGAGAACAGUUUUUAACUAAUGUGGAAAAAAUAAACCCGGAGAAAAGCUAGUUGUUCGAAAUGAUUUUGAAAUAAAGGAGAAAACUUGUUUGGAAUUUCAUAAAGAAGAUCGGAAAAAAUGGCCCUGUGUUGCUAGGACGUACAUGAAUUAAGUACUGCACAGUUCAUGUGAACAAAGAGUGCCGUAAAAGUCAAGUUUCCAGGCGUUUCAAUCUUAGCCCUUUAUCGUAAGAACUACGUUGCGAAAAGUGCUCUUUUUGUAAGUUAAGUUACUU